AAAAAGGUCUUGGCUAGUCCUAAGGGGACUUACCGAAUGAGAUGUCCAGCUUCAACAUAAGCUGGGCCGAGAAAGGAAAGGUAAGAAGAAAUGACCGGAAGCCUAGAAUGAUCAAUCUGAAACGGCUUGCUCACUGAUAAUUCCUGGGCUACCCAAUUCGACAAGAAUUCUUUGGAUUAGUAGUGUAAUGCAUUUUCGUCUUCGUUUCUAGCAGUGCUUCUGUCAAGUUCAAUUUAUGACGUCCAUGGUUCAAUCCAUAAGAGUCGUAUAACGCAGGAAAACCGCCAAGUCGACGAGAGGGCUUAUACGUUGCCGAUCCUGUAAACCUGAGUUGUUGAUCAAGGAGGCAGCUACCCGCUGACAAUUGGGUACGCACUUGUCCACCGACCACUACACGCUCGUUUACAACUUUUACGCCAUGAAUUCGCAGCCAUCGCAGUUCGACUCUUACAAAGAGAUCGUUGACCAUACACAGCCGGGCUUGGAGUUGAGGACCGAACCGACGAAACCUUGGGCUCCAGCACCAUAUUAUUCCCCUCCCGUUCAAGAGCCGACUGUUUGCGGAGUAAGACGGACAACCUUCUUACUAUCUGUCGCGUUGGCCGUGGUUAUCAUCGUUGCUGCCGUGGGUGGUGGCGUUGGUGGCUCAAUAGCUGUUAAUAAUGCGAAGAGCGCAUGUAAUAGCCAUGUGGCUCCCGAUAGCAAUGUGGCUGCUGCAACGACGACAGUAACAGCCACGGUCACUGCGACAGGAUCUCCAAGUUCAACAACAGGGAUCAUAGUUGUUCCCACUGGGAUGGUAAAGCUGGAUUGUCCAGGCGGCCUCGACAAUGAUAUGGCAAUAACAUUAGGCGAUAAGUCGUGGACGUUCAAGCCUACGUGCGACGUCGACUACUCCGGGGGGGACUUCGGUGCUGUCAUCGCAUACUCUUUCCACGAUUGCUUACAAGCUUGCGCGGCACACAAUAGCUUCAGUGGCAAGGACGAAUGCACAGCAAUCACGUAUCGGACGGACCAGACCAAGUAUAUCCCGUCAAAUUACGGGAAUUGCUGGUUAAAAAGAGGGGACAAUCCUACGGCCUACCUAUCCAAUACUGCUAGUACUGACCCCGUGGCGGGUGCUGUGUUAAAAAGUUCAACUUAAAUCAUAUUCGGAUUCAUCAACGUUACUUCGAAGUGCCUAUACUUUGAGAACACUUUGAGCGCCGAUCCCUUCCAUCACACGUGGCUCUCGGCUGGUUUCGGUGGGGUGGAAGCUAUUGAAAAGUAAUAGAGCGUUGUGGUGUACGAUAAUGGUGGAGGGUUGUUAGUUUGACCGGCUAGAAGAUAGAUUAAGUUUCACAGCGUGCAUCAUGAGAUUACGACAUCAACCAUUGGUUGUAAUUGUAUAUCGAAACUGGACAUAUUCAUCAUUUCUUAGUAUAGCGAUUUCAAUGCAUUUUCACCAAUUUCUUCUA